UGUUUUUUCGUAGUAUCUGGGCCCUUGACGUAAAGGUUUGGCGAGCGUUAUGUGCGUGUGAAGGUUUUGACAUGGACUUCUGUACACUGGAACUCGGAACUCUAAGUUACUUUCCUAGCAUGGGUAAAUACGUUUUAGCGUUAGCGUUUCUAGGUUUUGUUGCAUCUUCACCAAACGCCACGCCGGGAUCUGUAUCGACAGAUGGAGUUCCCAGAUUAGAGCUACCCAGCUUGGAAAGUGGCUACCAUGGGCUUGUAAAAGAGAAUGAAACUAUUGUAGAAGUGAGACCAAGAAUUAGAGCAACUGGUGCUCAUAUUUGUGAGUUUCGAAUUGUGAAUAAGCACCAUGGUGAAGCUCCAUUCAAGAUCAUCCUGAAAAACCAAGGUGAAGCUGAACUGCGUGCUAGGAAAGCCUUGAACUGCGAGAAGAGGAAAAACUAUAAGUUUGACGUUGCUGCUGUUAGCUGUUCAGGGAAAGUCUCUCAAAAUGCCACAGUUCAUAUAUCAGUUGUGGAUAUUAAUGAGUACCCACCAACAUUUUUGGAGCCUUCAUAUGUAAAUCAGGUUGAUGAAGGUAGAUUGUAUGAAGAAAUAGUUCGUGUGGAAGCAACUGAUAGGGACUGUACCCCAAAAUAUGGAGACGUUUGCAAAUAUGAAAUCCUGACAAAUGACCAGCCUUUCACCAUUGAUAAUGAAGGAGCGAUUCGUAACACAGAACCACUAGAUUAUGAACGAAGUCACAACCAUAUUCUAUCUGUUGUUGCUUAUGACUGUGGCAUGAAACAAUCUGUGCCUGUCAUGGUAACAAUAAAAGUGAAUAGAGUGUGCAAACUUGGAUGGAAAGGUAUCCCUGAAAGAAUAGACUACGCACCUGGAACUGGCCGACAAGAUUUAUUUCCUGAUGCUGAUUUAGAAUUGUGUGAUGUGCCCUGCAAUGUUAGAAGUGUUGAGGCCAAACUUAGUCUUGCUACUUCUCAUAUUGGAAAGGGAUGUGACAGAGACACAUACUCUGUUCAGAGCCAACGUAAACUUUGUGGAGCAAGUAUGGAAAGUAUUGAUUUGUUGCCAAGUCCUGGAAUAGGAUCUGAAUGGACAAAGUCUCUCCCAACAGAUGAAGGAAGAGAGUCAGAUCAGAUUUUUGAAUUUGAUGGUGUUAGUUCUGCCGUGACUAUUCCUUCUGAUGUCAUGGACCAUAAUUUAUCUCCUGUUUUCACUAUUGCAACAUGGAUGAAGCACAAACAAAAUCCUGACCAGGAUAAACAUGUCAAGGAGCACAUACUCUGCUCAGCUGAUGACCAUAAUAUGAAUAGACACCAUUAUGCUUUGUUCGUCCGGAACUGCCGUUUAAUCUUACUUCUUCGUCGAGACUUUUCUGAAGGAGAUCUCAAUAUAUUUAGACCAGCAGAGUGGAGGUGGAAAUUAUCUCAGGUGUGUGAUAAUGAAUGGCAUCAUUAUGCAGUGUCUGUAAAAUUCCCUGAGGUUACCCUGUAUGUGGAUGGUCAGAUGUUCAAAGCAGAGAAGAAGAAUCCUGAAAUCAUAGACGAUUGGCCACUCCAUCAUACAAAAGGCAUCAAUACUACACUCACUGUGGGAGCAUGCUGGCAAGGUUCUGACAGCAAGAUGAAGCAUCAUUUCAGAGGCUACCUAGCAGGUUUAUCAAUACUUCUAAAUAAGACUGAGAAACCUGAAGUUCUUAGCUGCCUUCAUAAAUGUAAAGAGAGUUUAGAGGUACCUGCUAUGGAAUUACUGGAACCUGGAAUGGAGCUGUUGACAAACAGUGAUUUGACAGAACUAAGCAUUGAAGGUGAUAACAAGACUAAUCUUGUUGUUCUCUUGAGAAAAGUUGGUUACACAAAUCUGAGACAGUUUCCCACUGCUGGCAGACGCAAUUUGCACCUUUCAACUGUUGUGAUCUGUGAACGUGAGCAUUCUGUGAAAGUGCCUAGUGUAGAAAGCUAUGUAAUGGUCCUUCAGCCACAGCAACCAAGCAUAGACAUAAAUGGAACAGGAAAUGUUGCCCGAGAAUAUGAAGACUUCAGACUUGGUGUGCGAGUAUUUACUGAUGUGCGAAUCACUGUUGGUCAGACAAAAGGCCAAAAGCCGUGGAAGCAUGGAGAACCAAUCAGUGUUAUCGAGAAGCAGUUGGAUUCUUGCACUGUUUCAGUCUAUCCGCCACUCAACCCAGAUCAUGAAACAGUGACCCUCCCAGAGAACAUGCUAACACAGUUUGGUAUUGUUGCCAAGGUUACAAAAGAUGGCGUUAUGGUGUCUGGGGCUGACAUGAUAUACAAUUAUGAACAGGUUCUCCGUCAGAUACAGUACACUAAUAGGAAGCCUGCAUAUUACCUCAACAGGGUGUUCAAGCUGACAUGCUCAGAAAUGAAUGGGAGGUUUAUGAGCAAUGAAUAUGUCCAAACUUUGACUGUUAUUCAUCCACGGCCACCUGCUAACAGAGGACCGAGUAAAAAUACUGAGUCAGCAAAAGCUACAGUGGAACCAGCAUCUGUGCAGGACUCUCUAUUGAAGGAACAAAAAGAUCAGCAUGCUUCUGCUGCAGAUGUGGCUGUGGCAUCUGAACAAGUGCAGCAGCCACUGCAAGGUCAUGCACAUGUAGACAAACAUCAUGUAGAACUUCGGCCAGUUCAGACUGUUAGUGAUGUCUACCUAACUUCAGGAAUGGACUCCACACAAGCAGCUGUUGCUGGUGGUAGUCAUGCAGUCACCAUUAUCAUAGUUGUCUGUGUGGGUUUCUUAUUGUUCAUGAUUGUGUUGGGAGUAAUCAGAAUCCGUGCUGCACAUCAUCGGGCUACACAGGAGGAAAUUGCUGACACUGAAAUGGCCUGGGAUGACUCUGCCCUUACUAUAACCGUCAAUCCAAUGGAGCAACUGGAUGGCUCGGCACAACCACCGAGACCUGGUGGUAACAGCAGUAACAAUGCUGCGUGUGAAGACGACGACACAUCUGAUGAUGGUUCGAGCUAUCGUGAUGAUGAUUUAGACUCAACGGAUGAGGAAGAGGAGGAAGGUGGGGAAGGUGGAAAAAUUAGAGAUCUUGAAUGGGACAAUUCCACACUUGCUAUUUAGAUCAGUAUCAAAGUGCAACAUUUCCGUGGAGAGGAAUCAAGAGGCAAGCCCGAUGUCCUCAGUUCUUGUUCUCAGAUAUCACACUGAAAAAUUGAAAGAGAAUAAUUUUCAGUGGCAAAUACACACCAUUAUUAGCAUUUAAAUUCAGAUGUCUAACAUUUCUGCUGGGUAUGAGAUUCUUGUGGAUGAUGGUUACUAGUUUCAAAGGAAAAUAAUUUCCUUCACACGGGUUACCUGAUUAAGAUUGUAAUUUAAGAGUUGUUCGAAUAAUUGUACUUACACAUUCCUUUGCUUUUUGUUGCAUUAAUCACAUUAUGUUUUCCAUUUGUGCAGCUUUAUAUAAGCAUUUUUACUAACCCCAGUUCUAGCUGGAUGUUAUCUUUAUCUGGGGUGUCAAGUUCUGCAUUUACUUCAUAGUACUAUUGUUUGUUUGGUCCUUAUGUCAGGUUUGACUUGUGACCCUUCUACAAAAGUCUCCAAUUUGUGAUACGUACUUUAGAAUUAUUUUAGGAGAGAAGAGAAAUUCAGCAACAUCCUAGUAGUGUAAUUACAGUUUUUUUAGUUAAGUGAAUGUAUAAGAGAAUGGAGUUAAUCAUGGGGAAACUUAACAGAUUUUGAAUCAGUCAUUAGUCUUGUCAACCUGUAGCUGUUACUGUCAGCCCAGUUAAAGGCUUCAGAGCAGUUGGUGUGUAGAUACAGUGUCAACACCUGCCAAGAUAUCUUCAGUAUAUUGUAGAGUGUUUCAGUGAACUGCUUAGGUACUGAAACUGUGUGUUGCUGGACUAUAUAUAAACACUGCACAAGCCUGCUUCCCCACUUUCAGUGGUCUCACAUUUUUCUUUUUUGCAUGAAUACAGUAAUUAUCAUCAGGAACUUUCAUUAACAGGUUUUAUGGAGAUUCUUCUCUGCCUGUCAGAACAGAAGUGAUUGUACACUAGUUAGAGCUAAGGAUCAUCAAAGAACAGAAUUCUUAAAGUAAUGAGUGGAAAUGGAGUUAGAUGCCAGGGUAUUACGUGAUCUAUGUCCCUAAUGAAAUUUUUCAAGAGCAGAACAAGACAGAUUUGUUAAGUAUUGUUAUCUGUAACAACCCAUUGUUGUACAGUAACACAUUUGAGUUCAGGAAGGUUUGUUAGGCCUUAUGGAGGAGAAAUGGGGAAGACAGAUUGCGAAAGAAGUUAAAUUUUCAGUAUAGAUUAUCCUCGGCAUAUUAUAUGUAUGCUACUCGCCCACAGGUAUAUACAAUUGCUCUUAUGAUGACCAUAGCAAAAGCAGCUUGUUGAUUAAAGAAUAGAAGUGAUAAACAUGUUGAAGGAAGUGAGGAAUAAAUACUUGGAUAGAAGUCCUACAACAUGAAUUAGAAUUUUCACUGGUAAAUAUAAACACCAAUUAUAAUGACUGACUAAUGGUGAAUGACCAAUUAAACAUUAUAAUGGAAUUAUUUUAAUCAUUUUGUAAAAAGUAUUUUGAUAUCACCUUUUUCAGUUAUGUAGUAUUAACUGACUGGAGAAGGAACAAAAUUAACUUUACUGUAAUAUCUCAAUUUAUUUGGGAGAGUUAAAUUGUAAAAUCAUGAAUAGAUUAUGGAGAGAAAAUGCCAGUACUCCAAUUUCAGCUUAUAAUAGUACUAUCAACUGCUUCACUGCUGAUAAACUAGUUAUUGGUAUAUAUUGUUUGUAUUGUAUCUUUGCUGAUUCAUCUGUGCAGUGGAUGUUGCUGUCUGUUUUUUUUCUCUCCCCUCUAUUGACUAUCAUAUUUGGUUAUUGAAGGGAUUCUCUUUUGUACAAAGACAGUUUGAUCACUUUCUGUUUGUGACUUUGCUAGCAGCUUAUACACAAUGUUUGUUAAACUAUCCUUUAUCAUGUCUGGUUCUUUUGCAUUUGUGCUCCUUCACUUGCCCUUGUAGUAUUAAAAUUUUGUUAUAGUGAGUGGUCUUUGUUGGAUAGAAAGGGCAUAUGUUGUUAGCUGUAGCUUUUUCCAAGUGUAUGAGAGUAUUUUCAGUUACAAUGCAUCUCAUAAAAAUACACAAUGUGAACAGUAGCGGUGUUCAUUAUUUCGGUAUUAUUGGACUUUCAUGUUUUAGAAAGACAGACCUUGAGGCUUCAUUAUGCAAACUGUUGCAGCUGGAAUGAAAUUCCACAGAUUGUCACGUUGGUUUUCUGUCUUUAAUACUCUUUCCAAUUUUUCCAUGAAUUUGACGCUAAGAAACAUUCGCACAAAAUUCCCUCGAUCUAGUGGAUUUCAGAUUGAUGUAUGGUACAGCUUUCUAAAUCUUGGUAACUUAAUUUACUGCUCAUAGCAGUUGUUAAAGCAUUGGAAAUAAAGGGUCUUCUCUUUCAGUCUACCCUUGUCCAUAUUACUUGCCCUUGUCUGACAUCCGUCUUAACAGUUGUGUGAUUAUCAGUACACUGUCACAUAUUUAACUUUUAUUGUUACAUUCAAGUAAAUAUUCCAGUUAUAGUGCAAAUACACUGUUUGACAAAGAUAUGCACUUUAUGAAAUUUAACAGAAAAAGGGGAGGAUAUUGUUGAAGAGUUAAAAUUUUUGGAACUCUUCCUGAACUUCGAAUCACGAACUUGAGGUGUUCUUCCAAUCAUGCAACCUACUGCCAUGUUUUCUUGUUAUGUACUGCCAUUUAGUGCCUAUUACGUGGGCCAAUAGACAGUAACAUGUGCCAUAAGUAACAAUGUUUUGCCAAGUUAUUUUCUAAGUUAGUAUCGUAGUUUUGCAUGAAAAAUACUCGUGGGAAUCUUCUGUUAUUGCUCUUAACUGUAAUUUCUAAGAGAUGGUAUAGGUAUGGACUGGAAUAUACAUGCAGUAAGUUUAACAUUCAUGGGAAAUUAAUUUAUGGUACCUUUUGAGUGAAGAUAUUUGGGUGUUUGUACUUCACGAAAAGAACAGGUUGGCACAUUAUUUUACAAGAUUAGUGGCUGUACUGAUUAUUCUGUGACAUUGUUACUAGGAAGAGGUUCAUUACUGGCCUGUUAAGAGUUGUAAUUUUGUAAGCAGAGCAUUUAUUUUGUACUUCUGAGACUAUUGCACUAACCACAUUGUUUCUCUAACAAUUUGGUUAAAGAUCAUCAUAGUUAUGUGUAUGGAGAACAAAAGAGAAACUACUUUUGAAAUGCAUAGUAACUAAUUAUUUGACAGGUUUAAGUUUUUUCAGUAUUGUCAUGCUUGCAUGUCCCCCCCCCCCCCCCCCCCCCCCCAAGUAUUAAUUUCAGACGCCCAUAUGAUAGGCUCAUUGUUUAUACCACGUAUUUCCUCUAACCAUUAGACCUAUAUGAAGUCUAAACAUUAAAAGUCAAACAGUUUGUAGGCAACUUGGCAUACAUGUUGACAGCUUCUUUCCAGUAUUUCUUUAUAUUUUAGACUGUAAUUAUUUAUGGUCAUGAAAGACCAAAAAAUGAAAAUGUAUUACAUGGAAAUCCACUUUUAUAUAUUUAAAUGUAAUCUGUUAGAAGAAUGUAUUUUUAUGACACAAAAUUUGUGCUGUAAUAUUCUUAAUUGCAUUAUUGUAAUAGUUUUUCUGUUAAUUUUAUGUUUUAAGCCACUUCUAAUAAGCAGCUACUAAGGUGUGAUGUACUUAAGGUUUCUAAUAUUACGAUCACCUAAAAUGUUCAUUUGACAUGCACUGAUUCAGGUUUCACAUGUGAUAGUUUCACAGCCGUAUCCUGACAGAAAGCCUGUCAUUAAAAAUAAGUUGAGAAUUUUUAUUUAAUACAUUUUUUAUUUGAAUCAUGCCUUCUUUGUUCUUUGCAAGCAAAACUUUGUGUAAUUUUAAGAAAUAACUAAGAUGACUGAACAUUUGUGAUCUGAUGGUCAAAAAUUUUAUAGUGGAUUUUUGUGUGCGUUGUGUGUUAUUUUUGUGUGUGAUUUUAAUUUUUAUUUGUACAGAUCAAGAGUAAAUCACCAAUAAUCAUCUCAAACCAGAGUGGAGGGAAAUCAUUUUCAUACUAUACACACUGAGAAAGCAUUCAGUAUUGUUAGAAACACACAGGAAACCAUUAUUUUGUGUGCUGUUUCCUGCCUCAUAACGGUAAAAGCUACAAAGCAUUUUCUUCUUCCUGGCAGUAUGAAAAUUGUUUGGUACAUUCCACUCUGAACAAGAGGUUUCCUCUGCAGCUGGAUCUGCUUUAUCCCUUUUUGUGUGGCAGUGUUUGUGUUUAGUUUGGCUGUAUAUUUGACUGUACUGGUGAAGAUCAUAUAUUGACUGGAAUAUUGGUGCAUUUAAGGUACAUAGAAUUUGGAGAUCACAUUUCAUAAUGGUCUGCAGAGUUUUCAUUUUCAAAUCAACAUAUCAUUUAGCUACUUUAAAACAAAUCUUAGAGCUGUACUAAGACUAAACUGGAUGUAAACAAAUAAAUAUAAAUAUCUUGUAGACCAAUUUUUCAGCUUUGGAAGUUGAAUGAAGAAUUCAGCUGGAAUUGACAUAGUGCUAUAGUGUUGAAGAUCAGUGCACUCUUACACAAUUUCCUGGCACAAAAUAUGGUGGCUUAAUCCAGAAGAUUGUCACAGUGUUAGCUCCAUAGAUCGUCACACAUGAGCAGAGGCAAAAAGAGUAGUGCACCAUAUCCACAAUAAUCUGUCUAAAGGGGAAAUUGAAAAAUGGUAGUUAUUAAUUAGGGGAAAAAACUGCCUGUUGGUUUCGUGAGACUUACUUGUAUGAUCUUCUGCCAUAAGUGUUAAGACUGCAUAACAUGUCGAUUCAACCAUCUGUCUGUAUUCUGAGUUCACGUGUUACUGUCCAUUCAUUAUAAGAUGAAUUAAUCUUCACAUAGUAAUGACUUGAAUAGAUUUCAGUGGGCCAUGCUUUGGACCAGUCAACAAAUUUCACUUCGCACUUGAACUGAUUGGGUGUACGAACAUUGAGACUUACAUACAGCACUCUGCAUGAAAUUUAAGAUCUCCAAUAAACUUGCUGUUCCUUUUGUAAUUGGAAUGCUGUAGUGGUCACACAAAUAACGUUAUGAUUUUGAAUUAGGCUAGACUGCAUUUGUGAUGUGAUGCAAAACUUUUGUUUUUAUUGAACAUAAGGAAAUAAUUUCAGACAGUGUUUGUAUAUUUUACAAAUAAUAUUAAAACAACUGCAUAAAAUAAAUGUGUGUGUGAGAGACAUAUUCAUUCUGUUUUAUAUUUCCUAUGAGAAUGUGAUUACAUAAACAGUAAAAUGCAUAUCAUGGUAAUGAAAAUAUGUGUAUACAAUUUCCCAGUAUAAUGUCCAAAAGCAAUAUGUACAUAGAACAUUUCAGCAUUUUCUCAGAAAUCUGAUUUAUAUUUUGUACAGAAUUUUUGUGCCACACUGUGUAACAUAAUGAAUUACCUGUUUGUUUUUUCAAAGUUGUUGCUGUUCUUCAGAAUGAAACAAUUUAUCCAGUGUGUUACUUAUAAAAAAUUUGUAAUGAGUGUCCUUUCACUGAAAUUUUGAAGCAUUUUAUAUGCUUUGGGUGGAAUAUGUGAAUAAAAGUACGGUUGAGAGAGAGGAGGAGGGAGGGAGUGAGAACUAUGAAAAUAAAACACCACAAAUUUAAAAACAAACUUGAAAAUAUUCCAGUGUUCUGUUGUUAGGUAUCUCAGUGUUGCUAGUGAUGUUCUCAGACUGUUAGAGACAUGAUCUAAACAAAAGUUAGGUUUGUUAAGCCAACUUAUAUGGACUGAUUAAAUUGAUGACAAUGAUGUAAGGGUUUAACAGUAUGAAAUCCUCUUCAUACUGACCUAGCAUAAUAGGUUGUAGUUUGCUUAAUAUUUUGUUUCUUGACAGUUCUUUUAGGCUUUUUAAAGAUAUUAACAUUAGUAAUAAAUUUGCUAACCAACUGUGCACACUUAGAACACACAAAUAAAUAAUACUGGUGGAAUUUAAAAGUUGUAGUAGCAUGUCAUGUUACUCCCCAACACUACACCUUAGAAAAGAAUAAUGUUGUAAUUAAUAUUUGUUAAAAUAUUGUGCUGUAGAGUAAAGCAGAAUGUCUUCUUUUGUGCUGUUUCUAAAACUGCUUUUAUUGCAAAGUAAUAAGUUGUAUAUUUUAUAAUGUUUGUGCAGUGAAUACAUCCAUUCCAUAUUUACAGGACAUUA